AUGGCUGAAGAAGAACACGACUUCGAGGUUGCUGACGCAGGCUCCUCUUUGACUUACCCUCUACAAUGUUCCGCUUUGAGAAAAAACGGAUUCGUUGUCAUCAAGGGAAGACCAUGCAAGGUUGUCGACAUGUCGACUUCUAAGACCGGUAAGCACGGUCACGCCAAGGUCCAUUUGGUUGGUCUUGACAUCUUCACCGGCAGAAAGUACGAGGAUUUGUCUCCUUCCACACAUAACGUCGAGGUUCCUUUCGUCAAGAGAACCGAGUACGAGUUGUUGGACAUUGAUGAUGGUUACUUGAACCUGAUGACCGACUCUGGUGAGACCAAGCAGGAUGUUAAGGCCCCAGAAGGUGACUUAGGUGACAAGUUGCAGGCUGAUUUCGAUGAUGGUAAGGAGCUUAUCGUUACCAUUGUCUCCGCCAUGAAUGAGGAGGCUUGCAUCUCUUACAGAGAGGCCCCAGAGUCAUAA